UUCAAACACACAAACACAGCUUUACACUGGACAGUGUGGCACAGCUUACAGUAACAACACACAACUGUAUGUAUUCCAGUUGGCGUUGAGCUUUCAGAACACAUCAUGACACUGUUGAAGGUCAUGUGUAUGGCAUAUCUGAUAACGUUUUCUGAAGGUGACAAGUGCAAGGACAACCAGCACUGCUCAGACUGUGACAGAAGUACAGGACGUUGUCUCACAGACUGUGACACUGGCUAUUUUGAUAGGAAAUGUAGGUCCAUGUGUAACAAGAACUGCAGAAACCGCUCAUGCCAGUUGUCAAGCUCUGGCUCAGGUGCUUGCACUGAGGGUUGUGUCCCUGGAUAUCAAGGUCCUGGGUGCAGCAUACGCUGUGGCAGUCCAGGAGGUACCUGUGUAGCAUGUCCAGGUGGGUGUGAUGGAGGAUAUUGUCAGCUGGGCUCCUCCUGUGUGUCUGGGUGUGUAGACUCCUACUAUGGGACUGACUGUAAGACUUGUUCAAGUAGAUGUAAGUCCUGCAACAGGAUGACAGGAUUGUGCAAGGAGUGCCGCCCAGGAUAUUUUGGUCCGAACUGUGCAUAUUUCUGUGAUCAUUGCCUAGGAUCGUGUGCACAUGGAUGCGCAGAGGGCUGUCUUCCUGGAUUCUAUGGCACUUUCUGCGACAAGAAGUGCAGUGAACAAUGCGGACUUGACUCCAACAUUUCUACUAGCAAGCCUCUACAGACAUCCAAGGCUGGUUUACGUGACUGCCACAGAGACAGUGGGGCUUGUAUCCACGGGUGUGAAGAGGGCUGGCAUGGUCAACAGUGCUCUUCUCCAUGCAGUCUUAACUGUGUCAACAGACGAUGCAAGUCUACAGGUGACUGUGUAGAUGGUUGUGUACCUGGACAUUUCAGUAGAGAAUGUAAACACUGCCCUGUCAACUGCCUUCACAGCACGUGUCACUCGGACAGCAGGAAGUGUACAGACGGAUGUACACGUGGCUUCUAUGGUGGACUCUGCCAGCACACGUGUGAAGUUUGCAUGGAUGGUGUCUGUGAUCAGAAGACUGGUUCCUGCACCAAAGGCUGCCACCUGACUGGACCGAAGUGUGAUUCUACUUGUACAUUCAACUGUUCUAUUGUGGAAUGCCUGAGAAUGGAAUACUGCAACCAAGGUGAUAGUGACAGCGGCAUUGUUGACUUGAAGAUCGGAUUAUCAACAGCCUUUUCACUUUUUGUAGUGGCCAUCCUGUUGGCCCUGUUACUGUUCUACUGCAAACAUUUAAGAACUGGCAAAGAUCACAAAGUACAGGGUAUCAUUCCAAGUGAAGCACCAAGUCAUGACGACCAGGUAUUGCCUGACUACUGUGAAAUCCUUGACGAAGAUGUGGACAUCAUGUGUCAUCUACCAGGGAUAAGCCAAAAAGAAUCGGUACAAGCAACUGCCCCAGCCAUGUCUGUCCUGGCUGAAUGCUUUGCGCCAGACUCAGAUAGCGCAGUCAAUGGUGUUGCUUCAUCAAAUCUGUCAGCUGCUGACGAUAACACAUACUCCCACCUCAAGCGGUCCAAAACAGUAGAGGACUAUGUAUCUCCAAUCGAUGAGUGAUGCGAUGUAAAUAAAAUCAACAAAACCCUUUUCCAAAUUCAACAUAAAUUUUACUAAAAGUUAAGUUCAUUGUAGGAUUGCGACUAUAUCAAAAGCAUGUGUUUAUGAAUCAUUAUAAAAUAGUGAUGACACCGGGUAUUCGCGAAAAAGUGAGCGUAUCCUGCCCCACCGAUGGCAUCCAUCACAAACACAUUCAUUCAAAGGCAAGUCAAUUGUUCACCUAAACAAACACGGGAACAUAUGGUACAAUCAAAAUAGGUAAUUGCAUUGGACAUCAUUUUAUCACUGAUGCUUCAAAGUUUAAAAAUGACCGCCACAUGUCAACCAUAAAACCUUUAGAAAUCUUCAUUGAGACUUCUGAGCAAGAAUCGUAUGCUGCUGUUUGAAAUCCGUGAUGAAGGAACAUGCUUGUAUCUCAAAAAUUGGAAAAUGCAGACACCAAAUGCUUGAGUCAUGUGGAAGGCUUUGUAACUCUGAAUCUCUAUACAAAUAUCUGAACAUGAAACCGACGAGGCAGUUUAACUUAUCUCUUAUGUUUCUCGUUCAGGUGUAUAUAUAUCAAAACUUAUUUUCCGGUGGCCACUGGCAGGAAGGGUCUAGUUGCUCAAACAUUCAGCAUGUGACUCUGUACAUCGAUCAGUGUAACUGAGAAGGUCACGUGCUGCAGAGAAUGUGUUUGAAGGACUACUGUCUGCCCGCCUCUUUUGUGUGAAUGUUGCUUGCUGUCCAUACAUUGCCUCAUUGUUGAUAUUAAGGAAGUUUAUGUCCCGGUUGGAGUUGUUUCAUAUCAAUAUUAACGUAACCUCGUGUGUACCUCGUAUAUUAGUACUUAAUGAGGUUUUGUCAAUACAAUAAUUUGAGUGAGCUGUUGACAUGAAGGGUUACCCUUGACCAACAAUGGUUUUCACCGCUUUUUGCCAACUUCGUUACACAACAAAGAGUUAUUUGUUUGUUUUUUUUUAACAAGUGUACACUUUUUUUUAAUAUUCUGAGCAGUUAAUACAUGUAUAUAUGAUAUAUCAGUGAAUGUACAUGCUUAUUGACUUUAAACAGGAAAGCAACAUUACACUAGCUAAAUAACUUAGCUACCUAGCAGUGGGAUGUUCAUGGGAUAUCAAGCUGGUAAUCAAACACCGGAUGAGAGUUUCAUUCCAUUUUCUGUAAUUUGUUUAAAUACAUGUAUGUAUCAGAGUUAAAACGUUUGUUUAUUAAUGUAUAAGCUUAAGAAUACAUCAAAGCAAUGUUUAUGUCAAGUUGUACUGACCUGGACUGCUGGACUUUUACUUGUUACAUUGUUACA